GAAACCAAUGGUGAUGUUAUAUCAAAACGUCAAUUGGCACAACAUGCACGAAGGGAACGGGAGAGAUUGGAAUGCCCACCCAUUCAACCUAGAAAUAAUAUAGGCGUUGCGAUCCACAAUGAUUGUGACGUUAAUCGCCUUGGCAUAGUUGAG